CAACUUGUCGGAAGUGACUGUAGAAAUCAUGGAAAUAAGAUCGUUCCUCCGUGUUCGACCUGUCAGGCGUCGUUCUGGAUGUUUAGAGUUGCCCUUAAAAGAUUUCAGAACAUAUGGAAAUCGUACAGACACAGAUUUGUGCCUUGGGUUGCACUGAACCUGUCUAAAAAUGAGAAAACUCUGCGGCAGGUGACGGAGGGCUCCAAAGACAAACUGGUCCCAGAUGAGGAGGUAUCGCAGAGCCUGCUAAAGCUCUUCAGAGUCCUGCUCAGGAGUCAUGGGGCUAAUCACGCAGAGCCCCGAGCACCCCAAACUCACUUUCCCAGACAGGUAACAGAUGAAGAAGUGCAGUAUGGAGGAAAUCCAGGUUGUGGACAUGAUGCCAUGUUUCAUUCUCUGGGAUUCUGCAUUGACCGGAAGACUAGCACUUUGCCCUUUGCCGGAACUGGAGUGUUUGUCACCAAGGGAUUUGUACCCAAAGGAGCUACAGUUGCCAUGUACCCUGGCACAGUCUAUCAAGUCUAUGAGCCUAUUCUCCUCCAGUCCAUCAGAAACCCUUUUGUAUUCAGGUGUAUUGAUGGUGUCUUGAUUGAUGGAAAUGACAAAGGCAUCUCCAAAAUGGUGUUCAAGUCAUGCAGUGGCAGGGACAGAAUAGGGCCCUUCAUGAUGAGUGACACCAGCUGGCUGACAGCCACUCCACAAAACCCACUUGCUGUGGGUCAGUAUGUGAACAACUGCUCUAACGAGUGGCCUGCUAACGUGUGCUACCAGGAGUAUGACGUGCCAGACAAGUUUCCCAUUGAGCUCCACCAGUAUCUCCCUAAUGUGAAGUACAGCCAGGUCAUACAGAGGCCUUUGCGCUGUGUUGUCCUCGUAUCACUCAGAGACAUUACAGCAGGGGAGGAACUGUUCUCCAACUACUACACCAUUGUGCAUUAGAAUCAAAAUACACUGUUCAGCUUUGGUGUCGGAACUGAGGGAAAAUUAACAUUGUCAUCAUUGUUUGUAUUCAAUGGCAAAAUGACUCAUUUUCAAAAACAUCCUCUUUGUACACACAGCAAUACUCCAUUAAGGAAUAAAGGCAAAGCCUGUCUUG